UGGAUGUGUCUGGCUGGGAUUGCGACAUCGACCGUUCAGUUGCUACCACUCAGAUAUGAUCUCAGCGAUUUCUCACUGCUAGGUGUAGAGGAGCAGACACUACACACACCACAGGAGGACAAAUACACCUUUAGAAUUCCCCCAAAAUAAGGUAAAGUCCUGUUUGUUUACUUUUGCCACUUAUUUCACGGAUUAUUACACAGUGUUCCUUAGCGGUGUGAGCACAUGUGUGACCUUUUCCUGUUAACUGGACAUUGACAUGAUCAAGUUCAGCUCAUGUGUUUAAGCCUGGAGAAUUUGGACCUAAACCAACUUAGUCAUCUGACAGUUCAAUUUGAAAAUGCUUUAAUUCCUGCUCCAUAAUCUCAAUAUCAGCAGUGCAUCACUGAUGGGGGAUCUGAGGCAGAAGAUGGGCGUCAUGUCACAGACAAUAUGCCCACGUUCACAGGCUGCUUCUGUUGAGGACUUAAAGGCCCCAAAUGCAGUCAAAGAAGAGAAGAUGCACAUGAAGAGAGAAAUCUCUCUCGUCAACGGGGUCUGCCUCAUCGUGGGCAACAUGAUCGGCUCUGGGAUCUUUAUCUCACCUAAGGGUGUGCUCAUGCACUGUGGCUCAUACGGACUGUCGCUGCUGAUCUGGGCCCUCGGAGGUAUCUUCUCCGUGUUCGGGGCUCUGUGCUACGCAGAGCUCGGCACCACCGUCACCAAGUCCGGAGCCAGCUACGCCUACAUCCUGGAGUCUUUCGGUGGGUUCCCGGCCUUCAUCCGCCUGUGGACGUCCAUCCUGCUGAUUGAGCCUGCCAGCCAGGCCGUGAUUUCACUCACCUUCGCCAACUACCUGGUGGAGGCUUUCUACCCAACCUGCCAGCCGCCGUACCACGCUAUCCGCCUGAUAGCAGCAGCCUGCAUCUGUAUUCUCAUUUUUGUCAACUGUGCCUAUGUGAAGUGGGGGACUUUGGUCCAGGACAUCUUCACUUAUGCCAAACUCAUGGCACUCAUCCUCAUCAUCAUUGUGGGAAUCCUGAAACUAUCCACUGGAGAAACAAAAAGCUUCGAGCGUCCUUUUGAGGGCUCCUCCACAGAUCCUGGACCGAUAGCUUUGGCCCUCUACUCGGCUCUGUUCUCCUACUCCGGCUGGGACACACUGAACUUUGUGACGGAGGAAAUUAAGAAUCCAGAGAGAAAUCUGCCCCUGGCCAUUGCCAUCUCUAUGCCCAUUGUGACCAUCAUCUACCUGCUGACCAACGUGGCGUACUACGUGGUCCUGGACAUGCCAUCCCUGCUGUCCAGUGACGCCGUCGCUGUGACCUUUGGGAAUGCAGCACUGGGGCCGUUCAAGUGGAUCAUCCCUGUGUCAGUGGCCAUGUCCUGCUACGGAGGACUCAAUGCUUCUAUCAUCGCUGCCUCGAGGUUGUUUUUCGUUGGAGCCAGAGAAGGCCACCUCCCCAACAGUCUGAGUCUGAUCCACCUGGAGCGUUACACACCCAUACCUGCGCUGCUCUUCAAUGGGUUGAUGGGCCUGAUCUUUCUGUGUGUGGAGGACGUGUUCCAGCUCAUCAACUACUUCAGCUUCAGUUACUGGCUCUACGUGGGUCUGUCUGUGGCCGGCCUCAUCUACCUGCGCAUCACUCAGCCUAACCGACACAGGCCCGUCAAGUUGAGCCUGUUCUUCCCCUUCAUCUACUGCCUGUGCAGCCUGUUCUUAGUCAUUGUUCCUCUGUACGGAGACACCAUCAACUCUCUCAUAGGGAUUGGCAUUGCGCUCUCUGGUGUGCCAGUUUACUAUGUGGCCAUUUACCUGCCUGAGGACAAGAGGCCCAAGUUCAUACAGAAAUUAAAUGCGUUUGCCACCAGAUGCACCCAGACUCUUCUCUACUGCUGCCUGACAGAAGUCCACACAGAGCCAGAAACACAAGCAGGCGCUAAAACGCAGUGAACACCAUGGAGCGUCCAUGGAAUCGCCCACCACCGAGGCCUCUGUCCUGAGCGACGAGGUCCACGAUGGACAGCACAGCCUGGUCUGGACUCAUGGCGUUUGUGUGCCAGGUCAUGCUAAAAAAAAAAAUAUGAAAAAGAGGAUCUGACAUCGCAAAUGACUCACCAGGAGGAGAGAGCACUUGAGAGAAUGCAGACUCACUUUCCUCCGCGAAUGUGACACACUUCCCUUCAGACAACGAGGAGUAUUUCCUACGAGGAUUCAAUUAAAGUUCAAGCUGACAUUUUUUAUUUAGUGUUAAGAUGUUAUAUGAUUAGUCCCUUUCAAAAAUUCAUCAUAUACUACUCAUGUGGCGACAGGUAAAUCAUACAAAAGCCGCAGUAUGACUAAUGUUAUUGUGAUUGAUUACAUAGUCGAAUGUAAUGUAAUGCCUCUAACAGCACCUGGCUUAUUAACUGCCUUUAGUAGUCACUGUUACAGUGACUAGUGAAGUAACUAAAUACACAAAUCUCCAGACACAUCAACAGUACAACAGAGCAUGUUCAUGGUGUGGUGAUCAAAACCUCUUUGUGUUAAAUGAUGUAAAGUGCGAUGGGUCACCUGUUUACACCAAUUUGAUGACCUGCCUACAUUUAUUCUGGAAAUCCUACCUUCAUGUGAAUAACAAUUGAUUUCAGUGAGUUUAUAUAUUAUGUUUUGUAAUUAUUCAUGAUUUUCAAAGGACUGAUUUAAUUGGUCCAGGAUCCAUCUGCAGGCAAGUUGCAAGUUCGAAUAUAGAGUAUCUGCAAAGCUUUAGCAAACUGCAUCUUCUCCCACAAGGGGGAGCAGAUCGUUUUUUAGCUAAAACAUGUUCUGCAUGCUUCACUUGAAAGGCCUGUGUUUCUGUUCUAAUUGAAAAAAUAGUAACGAACUAGUGUGUACUGUAAAAUGUUAAGGUAUCCAGAGCCUCAACUCUUGUUUACUGGCAACCAAUCAAACCUUCACUUGACAGGUCUUAAAUAAUAAAUGUAAACUCAACAUUAUUUCACAUUUAAUAAUCUACUUUCUUCACAUGUGAAGUGCAAACCAAAUAUAUUCAAGAAUUUACUUUUAGAAACAAGAUGCCUUUUCUUUCUGUGAGUGACUCUCAGCCGUUGUCUCUUAUAAUCUUCAUCUUCUUUCAAGCAGACGUGACGUUUUCUUAUAUUUACACAUGUAGUGUUUUAUCUUGAAUA